AUGGAUAAAUUUCAACUCAGGGCCAGGCUCUACCUGAUUGUUUUGCUGCUCAUUUUCGCUUCAAUAACGUACGUUAUGCUGUUGAGGCCCUUAAUCUUUACUUCGUUCACUACCACUACACAUUACCUGGAUUCCUUGAAAGCGUCCGCUAAACUUACUGGAUUCUUCUUUUUCCUGUUUUCGUUCGUGUUAAUUGGAGUUGGAUCCUAUCUCAUAGUAUCAUAA